AUGCAUAGUCGUCGUCAAUGUACUCAUUGUCGAUUAAAAAAAUGCUUUGCUAUAAAUAUGCGUAAAGAUUGGAUACGUACUGAAGAAGAACGUCGAUUACGACAAUUAAAAAAAUUAUAUAAACAAAAAAAACAACUAAAUGAAUUAUCAUUAGAUGAACAACAAUUGAUUGCAAAUCUUCCAUUAGUUGUACGAAAGAAAAAAGGUACCAAAUCAUUAAUUACAAGACAAGUAACACAAGAACUUGUUGUUUCAAAAAUUGAAUCAAUUUAUCCAAUCGAUACUUUUGCUAUUCAUCGUAAUUUAUCUAACGAUGAUAGAAUUUUAUUAAAUAAUAUUGUGAAUGCUUAUAAACUUGGAGCUGAUCAAGCUGAUUAUUCUCAUAUUAAUCGAUGUACAUCAUCAACAACUUUAGUACAAUUCUUAAAUGAUGAAACUGCUAUAUAUGAAUCAUUAAUUUGUUUUUAUAAACAAAUACCAGAGUUCAAAAAGUCUAAUUUAGCUGAUCAAGUUUUAUUAAUUAAAUCUAAUGUUCUUUAUCCAUCAUAUUCUCUUUCUGAUUUACGGUUUUGGUCAGAAUUAUAUUCAUGUGGUACACAAUAUAUACCCACUGGUUCAUCUGAACAUUCAUUAUCUUUGGUUCCGGGUCGUUAA